AUGCCACCGCUCUCGCCUACAUGGAUUGUCCGGCAUCAUGCGCCAGUAGCGAUUCAUGCCGUGGCUUUGGUAAAUGAUGGGAAAGAUCUUAUUGUUGGCGAUGCCAAAGGUCGCAUUUCCGUGACCAGCAUGUCCAAUUUCCGUCCUCAUGUAUUCUGGCAGGCACACCAAGAUACAAUUCUACGAGCUGAUGCAUGGUAUGGUUUUCUUGUUACGCAUGGGAGAGAUAAUAAGAUUUGCGUAUGGCGUAUGCCUUCUGAACAAGUACCUGCUGCCUUGACGAGCAGCUUGGCGAAAGAUUUGCCAGAGCCCACGCUCGUGCUUACAUUGGAUGUCAAUGCAUUAAAUUAUUGUGCAUACGACAUGACAGUCCAAGCUUGCACGCAAGACGGUCUAAAAGGAUGGGUGGCUGUGCCACAUACGCUGGAGUCUGCCUGGAUCGACGUCUAUGAACUGCCAUCUAAGCGGCGCAUUGUCGAGGCGUUAGGUCGUCAAGACGUUCUUCGAACAGGUGCAGAACGACCAGCGAUUGUCAUGGCAUUGCAGUGUUGUCGUACCAACGAUGGCCACACGUUGUGUGCUGGGUACGAGGAUGGCACCAUUCAAGCGUGGACGUUUGACUAUGAUUGGACACCGACUCUUCUUUGGACGCACAAACCCCAUGCGGAAUCCGUCAUGGCCCUUGCCCUUGCGCCAGAUCGGACGUACGUGGUGAGUGUUGGUGCUGAUCGGGCCCUUGUCCAAACAGCUCUUCUAGCAGACGCUCUACCCCGCUCGUAUGAUGCGACCCGGCCAGGGCAUGCAAGUGUCGCGAUUGAUGCGCGAGGACAUACCAUGGCUGUUGGUUGCUGGAGUAGCAAGACACAUCUGUAUACCUUGCCCAGUAUGUCGAAAACCAUGACACUGCCGUACCACAAAGAAGGUAUCUAUGCAGUGGCCUACUCUCGCUAUGGCCCUACGCACACGUUAGCAGUUCACCAGAAUGACAGCGAUUGUAGCAGCGAGGACGACCAAAACAGCACAAAAGCACCUACGCAUGAAAUCCUAGCCUGCGGCAGCAAAGAUGGUCGCGUAUCGCUAUGGAACAUUCCUACUACGGGGCCAGAUGAACGGUAA